AUGCCGGUCACGAGGUCACGGACGAGCGCGCCUUUGUCCGGGACCGCAAUACCGAGUCAAAAGACUUUCAACAGCGAGGUCAUUGACAUUUACUCAAGCGAUGAAAGUGCCUCGAAUAACACCUCCGCGAGCUCAAAACCGUGUGCUGACCCGCUAAUUAAAACGAGAGAGCCGGCUGAGACAGCGAUUGGGCCUCGCCUGCGUGACUUCGGUCACUGUAAGGAUGUGGAUAGUACAAGGUAUUACGAGAACGCGGGCGGCGAGCCAGCAGGCGAGGGUGACAGUGGCUCUGGCGGGCUUGACUCGGUGGCUGGUAUCGACCAGCCGCUGGCGCAUAUUCGCCGUCGUUCGUUUCCCGGGCAAACGAACGGUGAAAUAUCGAGGCAGCGACUUGAUGAUGAGAUACCUGACUCAGAGGAAGAUUCCGACGAUGGGAAACUUCGAGCGGACGCCAACACAGACACGGAAACGAACAGAGCCAGUGAACUAACUACAGAAGGAAAACGGGACGGGCCGCGAGGCAGAAUCGCAGUAGGGAAUAUACCACACAACAAGCGCAAAGCCUCUAUCGAGCCAUCGGAACAGAAAUGUGCCUAUUACGGAGGACAGACAAAAACGACCACGGUAUAG